GCCAGAGCAACUAGCAGAUGAGAGGCUGGGCAGGUCACCAGUCAAUCACAGGGGGAACACACAGAGAAAAAGUACUGGAAACAUGGAGAAAAAACAAGGAGCUGGGAAGAAGAUUCCUGACCAGCAGAUAGAUGGGACUCCUGAAGAAGAGGCCAGUUCUUCUACUGUUGAGGUGGAAAAGCAGCAAAAUAAUUUGUCUACUGAAAACACGGACCAAGAACAAGGAGCUGGGAAGAAGAUUCCUGACCAGCAGAUAGAUGGGACUCCUGAAGAAGAGGCCAGUUCUUCUACUGUUGAGGUGGAAAAGCAGCAAAAUAAUUUGUCUACUGACAGAAACAUGAAGGAAGAACAAGGAGCUGGGAAGAAGAUUCCUGACCAGCAGAUAGAUGGGACUCCUGAAGAAGAGGCCAGUUCUUCUACUGUUGAGGUGGAAAAGCAGCAAAAUAAUUUGUCUACUGACAGAAACAUGAAGGAAGAACAAGGAGCUGGGAAGAAGAUUCCUGACCAGCAGAUAGAUGGGACUCCUGAAGAAGAGGCCAGUUCUUCUACUGUUGAGGUGGAAAAGCAGCAAAAUAAUUUGUCUACUGACAGAAACAUGAAGGAAGAACAAGGAGCUGGGAAGAAGAUUCCUGACCAGCAGAUAGAUGGGACUCCUGAAGAAGAGGCCAGUUCUUCUACUGUUGAGGUGGAAAAGCAGCAAAAUAAUUUGUCUACUGAAAACAUGGAGAAACAACAAGGAGCUGGGAAGAAGAUUCCUGAACAGCAGAUAGAUGGGACUCCUGAAGAAGAGGCCAGUUCUUCUACUGUUGAGGUGGAAAAGCAGCAAAAUAAUUUGUCUACUGACAGAAACAUGAAGGAAGAACAAGGAGCUGGGACGGAGGAUCAUAAACAGCAGAUAGAUGGGACUCCUGAAGAAGAGGCCAGUUCUUCUACUGUUGAGAUUGAUACGCAGCAAAAUGAUGCAUCUACUGACAGAAACAUGGAGGAAGAACCAGGAGCUGAGGAGAAGAAUCCUGACCAGCAGAUAGAUGAAGCAUCUUAUACUGGAAGUCCGACAGUUUCAGUCACUCCUGGAGAAGAAGACAGUCCUACUGUGAAGACAGAUACACAGAAAAUUGCUAAAAUAAAAAGAGCAGGUGGUGGGGAGUCGUGGAGAAAGUUCUUUGUGGUCCUGAGUGGAAAAACAAAUGGAGCUCAUGAAUCCAUUGUUAAACAGCUGAAACGUUAUGGACACAGAGACGUGGACUCUCCUGAUCACUGCGACUACCUUCUGCUCUUCUGUCCUGUUGCUUCACAUGUUCGAUCAGACAUUGAAAAUGGUCUCAGCAGAAUUCCUGUUUCAGCUAAUAAACCAGUAAUCCUGGUGGUGAUGCAUCACACCUUCGAUCCCAACCACAUCGUAGCUGAAAGUAGGAGACAAGUGAUGAACGAGAACGUCCGUCUCACAGUGGAUUAUCUGUUUUAUAAAGAUAAUCUCCUCAAAUGUAAACUCAAUGACAACUCAUGGACUGACAUCCAGAAAUUUCUUCAACUUCCCCUUAAAAAGUGGUUUUCCUCUCUAAAGCCACCGGAAUGGAACUGGAAUCCUUUCGGACGAUUUCAAGCAACAUGAACCAAGAACAUGGAGCCGGUGAGAAGCUGCUUUUAUCAACUGACAUGACAGAUAUCAUGUAAAGCUCUUUAUUCUAGUCUACAGACAGUAGACAACUUAAUUUCUUGAACCCUGAACCCUUUUUUUGAAAAACUGUACUGUAUUGCAGUUAAAACUUGCUUCAGGUCUUUAUUGUGUUUUCUGGUCUAUUUUUCAGACCUGUAGUAAAAGUCCCAUUUAACAUGAGCUCAUUUUGUGCUUAGCAUCUGUCAUGCUAUGUAUUGUUCACUGUAAAUAAAAUGUUGGCUUGUGUGA